CCGCAAUCGCGCCAAUUUGUGUUGCGAGCUUGCCCGGAUAGGGCUUGGACAUUUAGGGCCGGUUAACGCCGCAAAGUGGCCACGCGCGUUUACCGGCUACCUUAAGCCAUCGCUACAAAGCAGCUUUUUUCAUGUAGUUCGGCUUUAAGAUCCGCUAAUCUCAGUUUUCGGCUUGUUGCCUACCAUCUCUGAAUUACUCUUGCACAAUCAUUUUUAGCCUGAAGUUGCUGUAUAGUUAUUCACCUAUAGUGAUGCAAUAUUGCUAACUUCUUAUGUGAAACUUGCGCAAAAGUGAAGUCGAUAGAAGAAUUAGUACUGUCAUAAACUUUGAUUGAUAAAAAUGCAACGUAACUCGAUUUUCAAGGUAACGCUCUGUUCUGUUAAAAUCAGCAAAAUCCAGCAAAGUUCUCAAACAAAUUUCAUCAAAAAAUGCGUCUCAACUUCAGCAGUUUUGAAUUGUCCGAAACCUGUAAUGCCAACAGGUCCGGUGGCCAAAUCGUUUACACAAACUCCCAAACUUACAUACGAAGAACUUCUUAAUAUGAAAAAGGACAAAAUAAACAGAUCGCUUCAACCCUACUACAAAAAACCUCUUGUAGUGUCAUCAGCCAGUAUGCAAUGGAUAUUUGACUUGGACAAGAAAAGGUACCUGGAUUUCUUCGGAGGAAUCGUUACGGUUUCGGUUGGACAUUGUCACCCAAGAUUAGUUAAGGUCCUGAAAGACCAAGCUCAGACUCUAUGGCACACAACAGCUAUUUAUACUCAUCCGCAAAUCAUAACUUAUGCUGAAAAAUUAGCCUCAAAGUUUCCGGACCCUUUGAGCGUAGUUUAUUUCGUCAAUUCGGGGUCUGAGGCGAACGACAUGGCAAUUCUUUUGGCACGUCUCGCUAGUGGCAACUCGGAUUUAUUGGCCUUGAGAAAUGGGUAUCACGGAAUGAGUCUUGGAACCAUGGGCUUGACAGCAGUUCCGAAGUGGAACUACAAUGUUCCGAACAGACAUAACAUUGUACACCUGGGAAUGAGAGUUGAUCCUUAUCAAGGACCUUAUGGGGGUCAAAACUGCCGCGAUAGCAUCUCACAAGUCCUGGGACGGCCUUGUGAUUGUGGUCAAGGUCAAUGCAAAGCUUCGGAGUUGUAUGUUCAAGAGUUUCAAGAUACUGUGUCUUACAUGACGAGUGGAAAAAUUGCCGGGUUCAUCGCGGAAUCAAUUCAUGGAGUCGGAGGUGCCGUUCAGCUUCCGAAAGGGUUCGUUAAAGGUGCGUUUGAACUAACUCGAAAGCACGGCGGGGUUUGCAUUUCAGACGAAGUUCAGACAGGCUUCGGAAGACUCGGAACUCAUUUCUGGGGGUUCGAAUCUCACGAUGUUGUUCCAGAUAUUGUUGUAAUGGCAAAAGGAAUUGGAAACGGUGUCCCACUAGCAGCAGUUGUAACUACUCCAACAAUAGCCAGUAACUUAACUCGCGCUCUUUAUUUCAACACCUACGGAGGAAAUCCGCUUUGUUGUGCUGUUGGUGAAGAAGUUUUGAACGUCAUUGAAGAUGAAAGUUUGCAGCAAAACGCAGACUACCUUGGCACGAAGUUACUUCUCGGGCUCAUGGAGUUGCGAGAUGAGUUUGAAAUUGUUGGUGAUGUUCGUGGAAAAGGAUUAAUGGUCGGAGUUGAAAUGGUCGAGGAAAAGGAAUCAAGGAAACCCCUGAAUUCGGAGAAGUUUUUGAAGAUUUUUGAGGAAAUGAAAGAUUUGGGACUUCUGCUUGGAAAAGGCGGGCCAAAUGGCUCUGUGUACAGGCUUAAACCUCCUAUGUGUAUUACAGAUGCCGAUGUUGACUUCGCGUUAGACGUUAUGCGACAUGUUUUGACAAAUAACUCAUGAAAACUGAUUUGGUGACAGCCAGAUAUUUUUAUUAUACCCAUUCCAAAUUAUCUAUCUUGAUUUGUAUGGCAGAGAUGAUUAGAAAAGAAACUGAGAGUUUACAGCAGCUGUCAUUGUAGAGGUAGAGUGUUAGAGAUAACGUUCUGAAAAUUGGUCUAAAACAAAAAACAUAGUUGUAAAAAAAUAAAUAUCGAUAUCAGAG